GAGGCGGCCGCGGAGCUCCGGGCCCCGCGCAGGAGGCGGCGGCGGCGGCUAGCAUGGAGAGCGAGCUGGAGGCGCUGGCCCAGCAGCCUACGAGCCCGGCCGAGCCGCUCUUCCAGGCGCUGGUGGAAGCUGCGGGCGGCCGCGGGCAAGUGCUGCUGGUGGGCGAGCUGUGGGAGCGCGAGCAGAGCCGCGCGCUGCUGCAGGACUUCUCCCGCGCCGUGUUCCCUCCGGAGCCGGAGUCGGAGCCUGAGCCCGGCAAGCCGGGCUGCGCAGAGGCCGGGAACGCGGUCACCGCAGCGGCCACCGGGCCGCAUCGGGCUCCGGGGGCGAAGGCAGCGCGCGUCAUCUGCUCGCCGCUCGUCUUCGCGCUGUGCCGCUCCUCGUCGCUGGCCGCCCGGGAGCCGCGGCGCCGCCUGCGGGAGAUGCUGCGGGAUGUGCGCGGCCGGCGGCGGGAGGGCGCCGCGCUGGUCGGGGUCCUGGUGGCCGAGUCCGGAGCAGAGAACGCGGUGGCGCCGGGACUGCAGCUGCUGGAGACGCUGCUGCGCACAGUGUUCGGCCGCCAGGUGGGGGGCCCGGUGCAGGCUGCCGCCUUCCAUCCAGGCUCCCCGGCCUCCAGCCUGGCGGUCCAGCAGGCAGCCUGCAGGGCCCUGCAAGCCGCGGGGCCAGGUCGACCAGCAGAAGGUGCCUGGGAAAGACCCGGCUUCCCUGGCCUACUGACUUGCUUUUCCUGGGGUCCUCGGAACCAGAGGAAGAACCGAGGAGAUACCACCUCCUCCCGAGGCCCAGCUCAAGAACACCUCCAGGUCUCAGAGGAGGAGCUCGCACUGACAGCCAUAUUUCCCAAUGGAGACUGUGAAGCCCGUGGGAGUGGACCUAGAGCCCAGGAUGGAGUUCUCCACAUGCCACCCGAGCCCUUAGGGGACACAAGAUGAAGGCUGGACCCCCAGACUGGCCCUAACCUGCACACUGGGGUCUGGACCUUGGCAUUGAGUCUCCAUGUCACAGUGUCGACCUCAGCAGAUGGUAACUGACUGACCAAAAAGACCCCGCUUGCUUGGGGGCCAUGCUUCCACUGCUGCCAUCUGGGUCCCGGGGCCUGUGGGGCCUGCUCCGCACUCAGUGCUUUUCACUCUGUGGUCAGGGUGCGGUGAUGUUGAUCUGUGCCUUCAUUUCUCUGAGCCAAGGAGACACUGUACCACGGUGUCACUCUGUCUGGGGCUUCUGUUUCCUGAAUGAUUGGGGGGCUCCCAGCCCAGUGGGCUUUCCUCCAGGGGCUGCAUCUCCAGGCAACACUGGAAACUUGUGUGAGGGCCAUUAGUGGGCAUCUUGCAGUGUGUAGGAUGGUCCAACCACCAGUAAUUGGUUUCCUCAGAAUACCAGCUAUGACCCUUUUGAGAAAUGGAAGAGUCAAUCCCUUCUCCCUGUUGUUCUGUGAAGAGAUCCCCCUUAGGUUUCCUGGGACCUUAGUUCUCAGAACAAGCCAAAAUAAAGACCUGACUGUUGCCGUGAGGGGGCCUGCCAGGCCAGAGCCAAGAUGAUCUGUGUGUUGCAGGGCCAGGACCAAAAGCGCCUUGCAUGCUGUGAAAAAAAGCAGCCUUUGUCUUUCUCGUGUGGACACUGAUUACUGUGCCAAAUCCGUUGUAGAAAAGUUUGCUGGGAGCUGCCUGUAGCACCAGAGGGAGAAAGCCAGGGUGCUGGGAUGUUCAACACCCUAACUUGUACUAGAGCUCAGGCUCCAGCCCAAUUAUUCUAGAAUCUUCCCUGAGUCUGUGAGCCACAUAGGUGGGUGAUGUUCUCUACAGAGUCUGCUAGGCCAUCUAUUCAUGCAGAGUCAACUGGGAAAAUCAGUCUUUGGGAGGGGAGGGCCCCUCUGGUUUCCCUGGUGUGCAAACAGUACUGUCAGAGGGACAUGGAUGGAUCCACAUAUUCAUGUGAUCCACUGAGACACCCAAUUGUGCCAUGCUUUGCAUAUCUCCCUGUGAGGAGCUGCACACCUUUGAGUCAUAAUUUCAACCCUUUCUGUGACAGUACCAAGGGAGGGGACCCUCCCUGCUCUAUGCCUCGAUUUCUUCUUGGUGAUCCACAACCUAAUCCUAUUCCCUGUCAGUCUCAUGGAGAGAGUAUGAGGUGCAGAGGGAUGGCUUUUCCUCGAAUGAGGGAGAAGCAGACGUCAUUCCAAUAACGCAAGGUUGUCCCACAGGAACUGGUCCCAGCUGGCAUGUUUUAUUCAAGAAUGAAGUUGAGGCUGGGAGUAUAGUUCAGUUAGUAGAGGGAUAGCCUAGCCUGCUAGUGUGAUCCCCACACUAUCCCAUGACCCUGUCUCAAAAGGGGGUGGGGGAUUUGAAUUAUCAAUUGGACUUGAUUUUGUUUUUAAAUGGGGAGGGGGUGUAUUGGAAGCUGCUGUAUUUUUGUUACAGUGUUGACUUAUUCAAUCUUAUAUAAUCAUUCAGCUGGAGCUUUAUUUGAUCAAGGAAAGGGACUUGAAAUUUAAGUUAGGAAUUUGUCUAAGAUGGAAAUUACAGGGUUCAAAAUCUUUUGUAUUUGUUACCCAUGUUGAAACCUAGGAAAGGGCACAUUUAAAUCAGCCGAGUUUCCUGGGUGAGGGAGGAUGAACCGUCUUCCUCUUCACCCUCACUUGGAACCCAUCCCCGCUGUUCCUCACUCACAGGACCGUCUGAGUUUGCAGCCUCUGGUCCAAAGGGUGAUUUACACAACAUUCACAUCAGUUGCUGUGGUUUGAGUUGCCUGUCCUGCCUUGUCACUGGUUGAAAAAGUCUUUGUACCUUGUCUGGGUUCUGCUUCCCAGCUGGUAAAACAGAUGUAGCAAACUGCAUCCUGCUGUCCUGUCUUAGUGCUGUUUCCCAGGGGACAGAAAGACUUGGGUUUCACCAGAGAUGGCCUCGAGGGACCUUUACAGAGGAAGGAAUGAAGGUUGGAGACCUGGGGAAGCCAGGGGUCCCCGGGAGCCAUGUGUGAGGAACUGCCCGCCAAGCUCCACUGGGUCCUGGGGUUCUAACCUGAAAUGUGAUGGUAGUUCCCCUGCUUUUGACUUGAAUCCUGGCUCCUGAUAUCUAAUAAACCAGAUAGUGCCUCACUGGUAUCUGACAGAA